AUGGCUCCAUCCGCAACAGCCAUCCAAGCCGUCGAGGCCAGCCCUCGCGUCCACGAACUCCUCGACCGUCUACAUGCCGAGUCCGAGGCCCAAGAAAAGGCCUUUUCUCAAUACUGGUUCUACCUCACCCGCAUCUUUGGCUACUACAUCUCCGGCCAAACAUGGACAGCCUCAUCCGACGACCACAUGCGCGACAAGUUUGUCGCCCUGGAGCAGGACAAGUGCCAGUUCAUGUACCUUCUAGCACGAAGCAUCGACGCGCGCAACAUUGUCGAGGCGGGCACGAGUUUCGGCGUUUCGACCAUGUAUCUUGCUCUCGCUGUUGGGCAGAAUGUCACUGAGGCGAGGAAGAGGGGAGAGGUUGUUACGGGAAAGGUUAUUGGGACUGAGAAGGAGCCUAGUAAGGCGGCGAGGGCGAGGAAGCACUGGGGAGAGGCUGGGGAGGAGGUUGAGCCGUGGAUUGAACUCAGGGAGGGUGACUUGACGGAGACGCUCAAGGUGGAGGAGGGAAUGCCGGAGCAGAUUGACAUGCUGCUCCUCGAUAUUUGGACGCCGCUGGCGCUGCCGACGCUGGAGAUUAUCAAGCCAAGGCUGAAGAGGGGGGCAAUCGUGCUGGCCGAUAAUACUGGUUGGGCAAAGAUGCUGUACAAGGAGUUUUUGGAGUACAUUCACGACCCGAAGAAUGGGUUCAAGACGACUACGACGGCAUAUACUGGUGGUCUUGAGAUGGCUAUUUAUCUCCCGUCUGAUUGA